AAAGUACGCAUGCGCGGUAAAUCAUUCCAUAGCAAGGUGGCGGCCAGUCGCGCGCUCCUGAAACGCAGUUUCCGCGAAUCGGUGCUUGACGAAAAAAGUGUGCGUGAACCGCGUGCUACCGCAAUCGAAAUGCCGAUCAAACUACGGACCAUUCAUUCGCCAAACAACCUGUUGUUUAAAUGAAAAUAAAAGAUUCGGGGCAGAGCAUUUUCCAAAUGUUGUCAAUAUGGAUUCCCACGUUGGUCUCGACUAUAUCGUGGAUAAUCCUGAUUACUGCGUCAAGCUUGCCUCGGCCUUGGACACCGCUUGUCCCUCGGUGAAGAAGCAAGUGGUAGAAUUGCUUUCGGCGUUGUGUGUUUAUAGUCAGGAUGGAAGGCAGAGGGCUAUCGAUACCCUUCACGCAUAUCAGAAACGAAAAAAUGAACGAUAUCGUUUACGAAUCGUGGUAGAAGAAUUGCAAAACGCAACCGGCGAAGAUUAUCGGACCGUGCUAUUGGCAUUCAUUAAUUGUUUGGUCAUCUCUACCCCGGUGCUGAAGGAUCGCAUAAGAAUCCGCAACGAGUUCAUCGGUUGGUAUCGAAUCUAUAUAUAUAUAUAUCUUUCUUUCUUUCUUUCUUUCUUCGACGAGAAUUCAAUUCUCAGACGAGUCCUUUCCUCCCAGGUGAUCGGAAAGCGGAACAUUUGGUCCCUGGUUGCCGACGAACACCAAAACUCUCCAAUGGCGGAUAUAGAUUGGGCGGAAAUGGAGGGUCUGUUUUGUCAACAAGUACCUCCCGUGUUACCAGCCACCUCGUGUUCCUCCCACGGAACUAACUCGGACGCCGAGAAACGACGAAGGGAACCGACCGAGAUCGCGCUUCUCGAUGGCAAGAGGAGUUUGAACGUCAAUAUAUUUUUAAAGCAGUUUCGAAGCUCGAACGAAGAUAUUAUUCGGCUCAUAAAGGAUGGAAGCCACGACGAGAUCGGGGCUGAAAAGUUGCGUGGCCUUUUGAAAAUUUUGCCCGAGGUGGACGAAUUAGAGAUGCUCAAGAGUUUCGACGGCGACAAGUCGAAGCUCGGAAACGCCGAGAAAUUCUUUCUCCAGCUCGUUCAAGUACCAAAUUACAAACUGCGUAUAGAGUGUAUGCUGUUGAAGGAAGAAUUCGCUGCCAAUAUGAGCUAUUUGGAACCGAGUAUUAACUCGAUGAUUCUAGCGGGUGAAGAUUUGAUGACGAACAAACCUCUUCAAGAAGUGUUGUACAUGGUUCUGGUAACUGGAAACUUUCUCAAUUCGGGUGGUUACGCUGGGAACGCUGCCGGAGUAAAAUUGUCCUCUUUGCAAAAAUUAACCGAAAUUCGUGCGAAUAAGCCAGGAAUGAAUCUUAUACAUUACGUGGCUCUGCAAGCCGAAAGAAAGAGGAAGGAUUUGUUGGAUUUCGCGAAGAACAUGACCACGUUGGAGGCUGCCACGAAGAGUACAACGGAGCAGUUGAACAACGAAUUUAACGCACUCGACACAAAGAUAAAAAAGAUCAAGGCACAGAUCAAUUUCCCUUCGACGGAAACCGACAUACAGAAACAGAUGGCACAAUUUUUACAGAUCGCGGAACAGGAGAUGAGUCAGUUGAAACGAGACAUGGAAGAGCUGGAAACGUUAAGGCGAUCGCUCGCCGAAUUUUUCUGCGAGGACGGUAACACGUUCAAAAUUGAGGAAUGUUUCAAGAUAUUCCAUCAAUUUUGCCUGAAAUUCAACCAAGCUGUCGCGGAGAAUGAAAGGCGUAGAAUUCAAGAAGAACAGGUACUGGCAAGGCGCAAGCAACGAGAAGAACAACUUUUGGCUAAAAAACGAUUAUUGACCAACAACCAACAAAUCGAGGCGCCAAUCUCUGAAUCCGAAUGCAAUUUAAUCAAUUACGAUCCUUUCGAUUUUGCCACCGGUUUACCUCAAAGGAAUUACAGUCGUAGCGAUAUUAAGAUGAAAAGACUGCAAAACGGUAUCGUCACUUCUGACGAAGAUGUCUCGAUAACCGGAUCACCCAAUAUUCGACGACGUUUAGGUUCUUGUUCCGGUGGAAUCGUCGAUCAACAAUCUACCAAAGAAGAUAUAUACUCGCCAGAUGUCACGCCAAAUGGUACUCUUCGACGCCGAAGAAGUCGAAUACCUUGCGAAGACGACGAUGGUAAUUUAAUGGACUUUUUGAGAACGUCGGGGCAAGAUGGAACUCGUGAGAGAAAAUCAUGGGGCAGUUUAGAUCGUUCUUGGGCGAGAAGAGCUCGAGGACAAUCUCGAAGAAGCGAUCUGUUAAACGCCGACUUUUCCAUUGAUCGCGAAAGACCUAAUUCUCCGUCCCCCUUGAUCGAGAGCAAACCUUUCUUACAAGAAGAAGAGACGAAAUCUACAGGGAAAGCGUGGCGGCAAAAAAUUGAGGCGUGGUUGUCGGAGAAUGAAAAAGAAGAUCGGGCAGGAGAAGAGCUUCAAAGGAAAGCAAGACAAUUGCAUCACGCGAAUCGACGAUCUUACGAAGACUCUGAAAGCGAAGGCAAGACGAAUGCUCAGAUCGAAGCCAAUUCCACGCGCGAUGCGUACUCGGAAGUUUACGAUUGGCGUCCAUCCGUCGAAAAGACUGACGUAAUGCGCACGAUGGAAGCUAUCGAAGAGGCUGAAACGCACCCAUCGCAAAAAGAUAAAUCUCCUUGGCGAAAAUCCAGCCUGAACGUACCAAACAGCAUGGAAGAGACUGACCCGCGUUAUUCCCGUAGGCUAAGAUCGAGACUGAGCGCGGAGAACGUUUUAUCUUCUUCGAGCACGUUGCAGUCCAUUAAAGAGGAAGAGAGAAAGAAGAACAAGAUCAACGAUGCCGCGAAUAAUCCAACUUCUCAAGACGAAUUAACGAUCUAUCUGCGACAACCUUACGGCGACUCUCAACUCGGCGGUGCGAGGAGAUUUUCUUCCAAGUUGAAGAAAGGCGCGGACGAGGAAAAGAUGAUCGACAAGAUAGAGAUUGACUCCGAUAAUAUAGAAACACCGCCGGCUACGAGAAAACUAUUCAGCCCGCCGAGAGAGGUGAAACCGGUCGAGAAGGAGCCGUGCAAAAGAGAACGUUGCAACGGUUCCUUCCAAACCAGAGAUUUCAAGAAUACGGCGGGAAAAAGUGUAAAUAAUAACGCCGAUUUCGGUACAGGUAAUUUCGAUCGUUAUUCGUCGGCGAGGAGAACGCGAAGGUACAAAAAGAACCAAGAGAACGGCGCGGAGAAAGAGUCGAAGGUGGUCGAUACCGAUUCGUUCGGGGAGAAACCGGCCGAACGCCCGCACACGCUUCCAUUGCCGGAGGAGGAGGGGCGAGGGAAAUGUUGCCAAACGUCGCCUGUUUGGCAAGAGAAAUCGAAACGGCAAGAUACGUCGAAUUUGUUCGAUAUAGAUACGGCACUGGCGGAGAUCGCUCGUUCCGGGGAGGAUCUUCAACGACUAUCGCGGCCGUUCACCAAUCGAAACUCGAGAUUACCGGUUAGCCAACCGUCGGCCGUGAUCGCCGUGACGAACACCGUUCUUAGCCCCGUGAUGCAAGAAUCCAGGCCACGCGAGCCGUCUUUAACCGUUCACGCGGAAAGAGCGGUAACCAGUCGCGAGCGGCAGAGGAGCAUGAUCGAUCCUAGUCAGGUGAAAGAGGCUAUCAGUUUGACCAGCAAUCCGCCUAGUCAGGUGAACGAAGAUCGAAACAUCUCGAUCUCCUCUCGAUCGCGACAUCAGCCCGCCGAAGACGAAAUCGAUCUGGCCAUCAAAUCGAACGGUUGCCGAGAAAACGAAAGUUCGAACGAGAAUAUUCACCGCGUCAAACGCUCCGAAUCGACGCCGCUUCGAAACCAAAAUAAAAUAACGCGAGACGCGCCGCAAUCCAACCACGAUGGCUCUGUCUUUCAUCCCACUUACGCCUCAUCCCCUCAUCCGAAUGUCCCUAACGCCACCUCUCACCACUCUUUCUCCUCGUUACCUCCCACCGGUAAAGUUCGAGAUCAAGAGAUGAACGACGAGGGUUUCGAGGAGACGCAAAGUUUAGUUUCGGAAACCUUGAGUCAAGAGACGUCCUCUGGAAAUUACGAAACGGACACCCAUGAUUCCACUCGAUGCUCGCCGGCCGAAUUACGUUACGGUGGAGCCGAUCCCAAUAAUCCUUCGAUGAUUCGAACCACUAUCGAUGUCAAAUCGUUGGUUGACCACGAUUCGGCCAAUCCGAUUGGUAAUCCAUUGAAGCCGACGAAAACGUCUGCCGCGCCAUCUACGAUCAAAGCCAACUCGAUCAAACACACCGUUGAAAAAUCUAGUUUUCUCCCGAAACGAGCCAACAGUUUGAAACGGGAUGUUGGAAAGACGGAAGCUAUGCAACGAAAUUCGAGUUCGAAAUUCGAGUUCCAAUCGACGAACAACAACAACAACAACAAUAAUCAUCAAGCGAGAAACGAGGUGGAACGUUCGGGAUCGAGGAGCAGUCUUCGCAGUUCCCGAAGCUCUUUGAACAGCGCCACGUCUGUGAACACCGUGCGAAAUUUAGUACCGAAUCAUACACCUCUGCGCACCUACACGACCGCCAUUUGUGCAUUGACCAAUGAUCUGCGAAAAAGCCCAUCUCACAAUCCGUUGCCAUUGAAGAGCAACGAGAAACGUCGUACGAAUCCACGUUCCACGACGAUCACCAGAAUACCCGCGAGCAGAAGUAGUAGCAGUGGAAGUAGCGUGGGUCCGACGGCGAGAACUGUUCGCAAAUCUCUCGGGUCGAGCAUCGACGCGCAAAGAAGAAACAAAGGAGGACGAGUGAUCGCUUCGCGCAGCAGCAGCAGUGGAAGCGGCAGCAGUGUGGGACCGUUAUCCGCGUCGUUGAGUCGCGUCAAUGUUGAAAAAGCGACAACGCCGUCGCCUGCUAAAAGUAAAUUGAUUCAUCCGAGAGCCGGAGCGAAGAAUCACAGUUUCAUGAGGCCGACGGCCGCGAGCGUGAACAAAGGUUCUAUACCUAAUUUACCGAGGAGCAUCAAAAGUUUGGUUAAGUGAAGAAAUGAAGAAAGAAAAGAAAAGCUAUAGUUGUAGACGUCGCUGUAGCUUUAUAUGUAUACAUAUGUACAUACCGUU